AUGGAACAUAUUGACCGGCAAUACCCACAUGACAGAUGGACACUAGCCUACACGGACGGAUCAGCUGAAAGCGCAGUGAAAAACGGAGGAAGUGGAAUCUACAUAAGAUACCCUUGUGGAGAAAGCUCAACCCUCUCCGUCCCUGGAGGAAAAUACUGCAGCAACUUCAAAGCAGAGGUGCUAGCUCUUACAACUGCCGCGAAACAUCUAGCACAGUCUCAAAGGACAUCACCACUGAUAGCCAUUCUAACAGACUCACUGUCCACACUCCAAGCCCUAACAUCAGAAAACAUCGAGUCAGACAUCAAAGAUCUGAAAGAACACCUCCAAGAUCUCACCAGUAACCACCACGUGGUCUUGCAAUGGAUUCCCGCCCACUGUGGAAUACCUGGAAAUGAAAGGGCUGACCAACUAGCAAAAGAAGGAAGCCUACAGAUCCAGCCAAAUGGGAAGCAGUCAUACAGAGAAAUAACAACACUCCUGAAGCAGAAAUGCAGAAAUGAUUGGAAGAAAAUCCAGGGAAACCACCACCCCCAAUCAGAUCAGCUGUGGCCACUUGACCGAAAAGACGCUACUACCAUCUACCGUCUAAGAACAGGCCACUGUGGCCUACGUGGGCAUCUUAAACGUAUAGGAGUAAGAGACAUAGUAGAAUGCCAAUGCCAGACAGCAGUGCAAACACCAACGCACAUCCUACAGGACUGUCCCCUGUACCAGGAUUUACGAGAUAGAUUCUGGCCUAAAGACACGAAGGUCGAAGAAAAGCUGUGGGGAACACAGCCGGACCUUCGGGCAACAAGCCGCGUCAUCUCCGCCACAGGACUGAGGUUAUAG